AACAACAGAAGAGGUCACAUAUUUUGGAAGCACAUUUAGGAAUGGUGGUGGUGGAUUAGAAUCAACAAUGGCUAGGAAUGCAUUGUGGCGGUCACACUCUUGUCCUUUCCAUUCUUCUUUAAGGGGCAGAAUGUUGGAGGAUGACUAUCAAUGACAUCAACAGGUUGUCAACCUUCCACGCAAAAUAUCUGAGGAAAAAUAUUUUGGCCACAAACAAGAACAAAUGAAGAACUACUUACUAGAUGUAAAAUGAAGAAUUUCGGCAAACAAAUUUUACAUGAACGGCGCUGGAAUCGGAUAGGACAUGUCUUGAGAAGAGAGACUGGCAGCAUUUCAAGAGUAGCCUUGCAUUAGACACCGGAAGGAAGAAGAGAGGGGACUCAAGAUCACCUGGCGUCUAGGAGGAGAACAUGAACAUGACCUGGGGGAGUGUCCAGAAGAAAGCCCAGAACCGCCAGGAAUGAAGAACCUUCGUUGCUGCCCUACAUGCCAGGAGACAUCUUGGAUCAGCUUUGUGCAUGGAUGCCAAUUUGUUUUCAUCAGUAUACCAGCUUUGGUGAUGUGGUAGAUAGCUAGCAUGAUGUCAGGUCAACAUGGGAAGGAGGAAGAGGGAAAGACUACACAAUCAAAUCCCAAUGCUUUGAAACCGUGGCACCAAAUGGUUGCCUCUGGCAGUGGGGCCCUCAUCACUGCUAUAACAAUGACCCCACUUGAUGUGGUGAAGAUCAGACUACAAGCACAGGCUAAGCCCAUGCAGAGUGGUCAGUGUUUUUUCUACUGUAAUGGACUUAUGGACCAUGUAUGUAGAUGCCUCAAUGGCUCUCAACCAGGAACAGCCGCUCCAUGGUACAAGGCACCUAGCAAGUUUAAUGGCACCUUGGAUGCCUUUGUGAAGAUUGCAAGAAAUGAAGGAGUUUUCAAGUUAUGGAGUGGUCUCUCUCCAACACUUGUGAUGGCAGUACCUGCAACCAUCCUGUACUAUACCUCCUAUGAUCAGCUGAAGUACCAUCUUGACUACAAGCAGGGUGUCAAGGGAGAGCUAUGGAAACCAAUGGUAGCAGGGGGCGGUGCUAGAUUAUUUGCCUGCACUGUAAUUGCCCCACUUGAGCUUAUACGCACCAAGAUGCAGUCCCGUCCUUUGACCUAUGCUGAGAUGGUAGGGUGUGUCCGCACAGCUGUCACAGAAGAGGGCAUCAUGUCGUUAUGGAGGGGGUGGAGUCCUAUGGUCUGGAGGGAUGUGCCUUUCUCAGUUAUAUUAUGGCUGAACUAUGAACCUUUGAAGGGACGAAUUUGUAAAGAAUAUGGUCUUACAACCCCAACAUUUCCCAUUGCAUUUUUCUCAGGAGCAUUUGCUGGCACAAUUGCAGGAGUCCUAACACAGCCUUUUGAUGUAUUAAAGACGCACAGACAAAUAGAGAUGGGGGAUAUUGGAGACAUGAGAAGGUCUAAACAAGUAUCGAGUCACACACUAGCCAUUAUGAAGAAGUUAUAUGCUGAAAAGGGACUGAAUGGCUUAUAUGCAGGUACUCUGCCUAGACUCUUCAAGAUUACCCCAGCUUGUGCAAUCAUGAUUGGUUCCUAUGAACUGGGUAAAUCUAUCUUCGUCAAGGAUGUCAAAUGAGAUGAAUACUCUUGCCCUUGGAGUGCCAUAGAUGACAUUUGUUUAGAGAGCUUUGAGCAAUUGAUACCAUCCAUAGGAAUCAUGAUGCCUUAUCCAUUGAUUUCUGACUCGAUCAUGCUGAAAGCAGACCUACUAUAUGCAGUAAUUGUUCUUCUGUACUUCUUGGAGCAAUUUGCUCUUUUGGAUCAAUGAUUGUAUUUUUGUGAACAAUUUUGAUCAUGAUGCCAUCGGUCAUGCUGACAGUCACAAUGCCCACAUGCUGUGAUAAGUUACUGAAGUGGAUACCAGUAUUAAAAACGACUUUCAGUUGACAUCCAGCAAAUGGCUUCAAUUAUUUUACUUAUAUUAUUAUUAUGAAAGUAAUAAUGAUCAUGGCAGUAAUAAGAAUAAUAAUGACAAUAGUAUGGGCUAUCUAUGUAGUCCACCUUUUGGUGCCCAUAGUGCUUAAAAAACAUGAAUUACUUAGUACAAAAGAGAACAACUCCACACAAAAUAAUGAAAAUAACAUAUGAAGGGCACUUUAUGAACUUUUUCAAGGCUGCAGUUUGGCUAACUAUCACCACAUACCAGUGUAUUAUAUUGUGCUCAGUUCAUGUAGAAGUAAAAGAUAUGUUAAUUUCUUUUACUUUCAAAAUGUGCAACAUUUAUCAACUUGCUACUUGCUUGUACCGGACACAGUCUUCCCAAUUGAGAUUUAUGAGAUUUAGUGUAUUCAUGGCUAUGUGAUAUUGUAUUUUUGUGCCUCUGCCCACCGUAGCUCGUUGCCAGAAGCAUUAUGUUUUUCGGUUGUCUGUAAGUCCAUCAUGAUAAUUAAAGAACGGUUUAACUUAAUAGUUGGUCCAAGUAUGCAUGUAGGAGUAGUUUGGUGGAUCACAAGGUCAAAGAUGAAAGGUCAUAGAGGUUGGAUAGGUAAUAUUUUCUUGAUCUGGCAAUGAUAGAGGCAUGAAUUCUUACCGUGUGCAGUUGAGAAACCAUCUAAUUUUGUAUCUGAGAAAUGGGGCAUUUACAUGUAUGAUACAAUGAUUUUUUUUAAUUAAUAACUUGUUUUACCUGUUACAGACAUCGUGGCUAAUUGUAAUAUUCACAGGAACUCUGACCUUUGUCAUCAAAAUGAUUUGUUUGAAAGUGAAAGGAGAAAAAAGAAAACAAAGAAUGCUGACAUUUUAAAAGAAUCACCUAUGUGGCCAAUUUAAAGUCCAUGUGGGCAUACCGGUAGUUAUUAAAACUUUCACAGCUUUCAAAAAUCUUAACUCUUUGCCUGCCACAAACUGAAUCAUUCCUAUGCCACAUUAAUUUCAAGAUGCAACCUUAAGAGGUGUUUUGCAUGAGCUAUGCUAAUUCAGCUCACAAUAGCUUUUUUAUUGGUCUAUUGUUAAGAAAAGCUUUGUGUGUACACCGUACAAUGCGUUGCACAUACCACUUUUGUGUAUUUGUGUAUGAACAAUAGAUGUAAUGCACUCUGUGUGCAUUGUUAAUAGAAUGUGACUUGAGUUCAACUUGGCUAUCUGCUGUAUGUGACUCUAGUCGAACAAAGUGGGCAAAGAGUGAACCUCCUUUUUUAUUCUUUUUUAUUCAAUUUUACUUAUCUACUUCUCUGAUUUUUCCCCCCUUUAAAAAAAUUUCCAUGUUUGGAUAUGCCUCUGACAUAUGUGUUGGUAAGGGUGUAGACAAAGAAUACAGCUGAGCAACUAGCCAUUCAUUAGCCUUGUCAUUGGAAGGUCAGGGCAACCUUGACAUGAACAUGCAGCUAUGUCUACAGAAAGCAAAACUUUUUUGAAAAAUGGGAUAGUUGUUUUGAUUGAGAUUCUUGCCACAGCUAAUUGCUCUGUCCUCUGCUUUUUUGUUUCCUGUCAUGCUGCUAACCUCACAAAGGGUUUUGGGAAAAAAAAGGUUUUCACUCCCAAAUAAAGAUGGUUUCUGUCAAAUUUCUACAAUAAAAUCAUACCAACCUAUUUUGCCCAGAAAAAGUUUAGAGGGUGGUGCAUGCAGCACCCCUGCUUUGCAGGACCAUGCCUCACAAGAGAGCAGUGGUGGAUCAAGGUGAAAAAUUGUGAAUGGGCAAGGACUGAAAUUGCAUCCACUUCCAAACUCUGAAACUGGGAAAAAAACAAUUGGUAUCAUAAUCAUCAUUAGUAGCCAAGCCAUCAUACAGUCCCUCAAGCAUUCAAGAAAUUUCUUUGAAAAGGGCACCCAAUCACCUCACCUGGGUUGAGUGCUGCACAAUGUGGGUAAAUUUCUUGCUGAAGGAAAACGGGCCAUGGUUGGGAAUCGAGCCUGAGUCCCUCAGAUUGAUACAUUACUUUGUUUUGAUGGUCUGUUUCAUCCUAAUCAUGUUUAUGGAUCGAUCCAUACGUCAUAUUAUACAAUUAGUAUUUGCCUAUAAGUCUACUUUUGUCUAGUACUAGCUAUUCCAUCUUUCCCAUCAGAAGAAUCAUUAACAUUAAUGGUGAAUCAAUACCCAAACACAGAAAAGGUCACUGCAAGUUAGCAUUCAAGCAAUACGUCAUAUUAUACAAUUAGUAUUUGCCUAUAAGUCUACUUUUGUCUAGUACUAGCUAUUCCAUCUUUCCCAUCAGAAGAAUCAUUAACAUUAAUGGUGAAUCAAUACCCAAACACAGAAAAGGUCACUGCAAGUUAGCAUUCAAGCAAUUUUCAUCCACUCUAAUUCUUCCUCAUUUCAAGUCACUGAACAGUAGACUUUUGAGAUGUCAAAACACACCUCUCCCUGCAUUAAUUGUUUGAAGAAGUUUAUUUAAAUGACAGAUAAAUAUCACUUGCAUGCAACUUUUGGAAAGUUUGACUCUCAGAAUUUUCAUCAUUGGCUGACUUUGAUGUCCCAAAUCAAGCCCUUUAUUGCAUUUUGUUCAUAUUGAGGUGGUUUCCUUAUAAAUGAGUGUUUUCAUACAAGAUCUUGAUUUAUUCCCAACAAUUUUGUAGGUUUUCAUGAAAAGAAAAUCACAGUUAUGAUUAUUCUGAAUAUGAUGACAACUGUCAUUCAAUAUCACUCAGGAACCAAUGAAAUUUAGGUUUCCAUGCACCAUUGCAGUUAGAAUGAAUGGCCUUGUUAAUGAUGUCAAAGAACAAGAUAUAAACAAUAGUAUGUUUAUAGAUUUUCAAAUAUGACAUAACAUAACAUCCUUAUCUGAUACUAAUGAUGUUGAUGUUAAAGCAUUGAGAUAGAAGAUCUGUUUUUACCUCUCUGGUUUAGGGUACUGAGUAGAAAAUAUUGCCAACAGACAUACCUAUGAUUCAAAAGCAGAAGAAUCAUUUACUAGUAUUCAGAUUUAACUUGAGAUUAAUCAGCUCUCAAAUAAUUGUUUAAAUGUUUCUAUUUCUAGAAAAAUGUACUAAUCUACGAGUUUCUGAUAUUUCAUUGUACUUGUCUGAUAUAUGUAAGAUCAUGUUUCCAUGAGUAUUUUAUUGUACUUGUCAGAAUUUCGAAAAAUUAUCUCUAUUAUAUUAUGCUUUUUUGCCUGGUCCAUGCAUUUAUAUUGAGACUAUGUACAGAUAUUGUAAAUUACAGAUAUUGUAUGCCCAGGCAGGGACUUGGCAACAAUAAUGUGCAUAAACGAUCAUAUUUAAAUUGUCUACCACCAUUUAUGGGAAUAAAAGAAUUUUGAUCAAA